GGAAAUCAAGUUGAAGGGAAAAACAAAGACAGAACUUAAAAAGUAAGUGAAAGUAGGGUUCCUUAUUUUAGCAUCUUACUUCUUCAUUAUCCCACGUCUGUAUGCAUUAUGUCGUAGAAACGUAAAGAAACUCCGUGAGUAACGUAAAGCCACUUCCAGCUAACUUAACGUUUGCGCAGCGUCUCUUUUUACUCGAGUUAACGCCAACUUCGCUGCUUAAUGUUAGCUCAUGUUUUGUAUGUCUGGGUAAAUUGGGCUUAGCUUACUUUGGUAUUUCGCUUUUUUUAAAGGAACAUUAAUGCUGUGCCAAACUCCAUUUUAAAAAACAGUCUAUAUCUUAUCGGCAAGUUUAGUCAAUGUCGGCACAAUGUAUAAAAUAUUCACGUUACUUCAAGCGAUUUCUGUUAUUGGUCGUCCUUAUUCUCUGACACCAAAACACACAGCAGUGGGCGGCGACAGUUUGUCUGUUUUGAUGAUAAAAUACAGUUUUUGACCUAAAUAAGUAAUGUUUGGUUGGCUAUCUUUACGCCGAAUUUAGAAGAAUACCUAUACUUUCUGUGUGUUUUAGGUUAUGAUCUGGCAGACAGUAUAUCGCUUGUUAAGACACUACGUAAACCAAAUUUAACAGAUUUGUGAACGAAGCUUGGUGGGGUGUCUGUUCCCAGAAGAAAAGGCACUUCUGGGGCUAAGAAUAACCUGGUCCUUAAUGAUCCUCAUAGGUGUAGGUUUCGGGAGGAAUGCAGGGGACCAUUCCUGUCAAUAUUUAGAGCAUAUACAUUUUCAUCCCUUAGUUGUUUAAAUUAAGGAUAUUUUCACUUUAGAGGGAUGCAGAAAAGGCACAAAUUGGUGCAUAAUGCAGUAAUUUAUGUGUUUAGUGCUCCAGAUUUCAUAUCGGAGGACCAUUGAGACCCCGAUUCAUAUGUGUCACCCCCAGUGUGUCACAAAACCGAGGCCCCUGAUGAUCCUAUAGUAAUUCUUGUGUCAUAUCUCAUAUACAGUAAUUUUUUCUUGGACAUGACUUAACAUGGGCAGCAACAGUGACUCCACCAGUGACCUAGAUGAGGAACUGCCUGUGUUUGACUUCCUCCAGCCGAGUCAAAACCUCAGCCGGGCCCCCCAGAGGUACCCAGAGAACUUAGUCGACCUGGAUGGCUCCGAUGCAGAAGAGCCAGCCAUCUUCUCCCCAGCGAAGGGCAGUGCUGAUGUAAUGAUGAUCAGCAGUGAUUCUGAUGACAAUGCACCUUAUGUCCCUCUGGCACAGAGACUCAAACAAAGACAAGACAAUGUGAUUAGUGCCUCCUCCACUGUCGCUAAUGAGAAAGAUGCUGAGCAGUAUUCGCCAUCCAAUCUGGCCGGCUCACAGCUCUCUUGCCAGAAUGGGUUUUCAGAGUUGGAGCAGCCUCUCAGCGUCCAUCAGGUGAGAACAGUGAGCCGUGGGGUCUCAGAUGUUCCAGAUGAGAUGGCGACUCUCCCUCAGCAAUGGCUCCCUCCCACUGACACCUCUCCUGCCAAGAGGAAACCAGCCAAGCGAACGGCGGAGGAGAUCCAGGCCUCCAGGGAGGAGGCUUUGAGGAGGAGGCAGGCCAGGGAGGCACAGCAGAGGGGCAAGGAGGUGCUCAGGCAGGAACAAGAGAGACAGAGAGCAGAGAAAAAAGCUCUGGCAGAGGCUGCCAAGGCCUUGAGGCCAGAGGAGUGUAUCAAGCACAUGGUGGUGGCUGUGGACCCAGCUCUCUUACAGCUGGAAGGAGGCGGGACUCUCUUGGCGUCGGUGCAGGCUCUGGGCUGUAGCUGUGCCAUAGAGAAACAACCCCUCCCACGCAGUGUCAGCUGGAUGAGGAGAGCUCCCUGUGCACAGCCAGAUGAUGGUCAGUGUGUACCAGAGGCCCAUGUUGUGAUGCACAUGACAGUUGACGACUUCAUCACUCUGAUCCACGGCUACAUUCAGGAGGAGAGGCAUGGCAGGUCUGGCACCAGCCCGACUCUGACGUCCUGGGUGCAGGAGCAGCAGAGGCGUCACCCCACUAAGAUCCUCAGUCUGGUGGUCAUCGAGCUGGAGAAAUACUUCAGAUCCCAGAAGUCACAAAGCCAGAAGCGAUUUCGAGAGGCAGUUGCGGGUGAGGAGCGAGGAGGAGGACAAGUGAAGAAGAGAAGGAGGAAUGGUGGAGCUGAGGUUCUUCCUGAGGUUUCCCGGGUUGAAUUAGAGGAGGCAGUGGUGCAUCUCCAGCUUCACACAGGCAUCUCUGUCCGCUUCUUGUCAACCUGGAAGGACUUCUCCGAUCAUAUCACCAUGACAACCAAAGCGGUUGCAGAAGCCCCUUUUAAGCGAGAGCGAGAGAAGACAGGCUUCUCGUUCCACCUGGAGAGUGAGUGGGCGGGGGGGCAGCGGGUGGAUAAAGCUGGGAAGGGACUGCUGCAGGUGUGGAAGAGACAGAUCCAGCAGUUUAACAGAGUCAGUCCAGACAUGGCCUCAGCCAUCCUGGCAGCGUAUCCCUCCCCACAGCUGCUCAGGAAGGCUUACAAUCAAUGUAAGAGCGACCGUGAGAAGAUCUCCCUGCUGUCUGACCUUCUGAUCCGCAGAGGAGAAGGUGUCACCUCUACGACUCGCCGCGUCGGCCCGGAGCUUUCCAAACGCCUCUUCUUCCUAAUGAACUGUUGCGAUCCUGAGCAGUCUCUGGACUCCACUGUCUGAUUUUUGAAGUUAGACUCCUAUAAUUUUUGGACUUUGGCAGUGUCUAUUUAACACAGAAUUUCAUAGUAGAUGGAGGUCUGUUUUUAUUGCAUUUCAAUUUCUAUUUAAUCAUGAAUAUUAAAGUUUUAUAAAGGAAAAAAAGCAUUUUUUAAGUUUGCUAUCCUUAAGUAAUAGUUUCUAUGAAAUGUCAUACACAUUGAUUUAAGGGAAAUUCUCAGAGUUUUCAAUGUGGGUAUGUUUCUCAAAUUGUGGUCAUUCUGACAGGUUCAUGCUAACUUUACACUCACUAUCUCUACGACAGAGACUCCAGCAAAACAUUGUAUAUCACUGGACAUCAUAUAAAUAAAUAAA